AUGGAAAGUGAUUUAAACUCAAUUUUGGAAGACGCUGAAAGGAUAAAAUCCUUAUCAGGCGAAAGGCUUAGAACACUUACUCGUUCUCCUGACAAAGCUUAUGAUAAUCGAGACAGCCUACUUAGACAAUGCCGAGAUACCAUUGAAGUCCUAACAGCUGAUAUAGAAGAAGAAAAAAGGCAAAGGAAGCAAGCAGAACUCACAGCAAAAGAGCUAGAAUUCAAAAACAGAAGUCUAGAGAACAAAGCAAAAAUCCUUGAAGAAAAAAUUGAGGGGCUGAAUGAUGAUAUUGAUUCUCUUGCAGAUGCAAAUACAUAUCUUCAAGGAGAGCUCAAUAAAUACCAAAUUGAAAACUUUAAUUCUUCAGAACAAGCUCUAAGUGACCAAUUAAAUGAGGCAAGGGAUAAAAUCCUGAAGCUUGAGAGCAGCUUAACAAUCUUCCAAUCAGAAAAUUCCAAGCUGAAAACCCAAUGUGAAGCAAAUAAAAGCGUGAUUUCACGAUUGGAGUCUGAAGUAUACGGCUACAAAAUUUCACAUGAAGAUUUAGAAGCCAAUGCAAAAAAAUUGCAGACGAUGGAAACAGAGCUUGAAGACCUUUAUGAGAAAAAGCAUCAAGACCUCAAAAGCGAUUACGAUAAAAAACACAAUGAAAUGAGGACAAACAUUGAAGAAUUGAGAAAAGAAAAAGAAAUGUAUAUGGCUCUUUAUAAAGAUGCUACUGAAGAAAACAGCCAAAUCAGAAACGAAAAUAAAUUUCUGCAAAACAUGCUGGAACGCAAGCAACAGCAGCUAGAAAAACACUCCCAGGAGACCUUAGAAACAAUACAAGAAAUGAUCGGCAGGAAAUCUGAUGUAAACAUUUCAGAAAGACUAAAAGAGCUAGAAGAAGAAAACGCGAUACUCAAAGAGGAGCUAAAUUAUAUGCAUGAACAGCUAGAUCUCAAAGAGAAACACAAGCUAAAAGAAGACGAAAGCGACUGAAACAUAAGCCAAGAACUCUCAAGGGUGCUAGAAAAAGAAAGCGAGGCCCAACAAGAAGUCCAGAGGCUGAAUCUAAAGAUUGAAACCCUUGAAAACACGUUGAGAGGAGAAAGAAAUGAAAAGAAAAUGCUGUCAAGCAGCAUUGAAAGGAUGCAAAAAGUGAUUGAUGCUCAAAAUGAAGAGCUGAAAGGAAAUAUCAGUCUUGAUAUCUCAAUCCAAAGACAAAUGGAAAUUUUGAAAUCGAAGUACCAAGCUGAGCUGCGUGCUGAGAUGGAGAAAAGAUUAAAAGACAAGCAGGAUUAUAAGAAGCUGCUAAUUCAAGAUAAAGAAGCGUUUAACCGAAAAAUCGAUCUAAUGCAAAGCAAAAUAAAAGCCCUUGAAAUAGAAAACCAAAACUACUCAGAACAGAUCAGCGAGCUUAAAUCAAAUAAAUUUUUAGAAAUCUCAAAAGAAAAUGACGAACUUAACGAAAUCAGGCUAAAUUUGAGCACAGAAAGAGAAAAAAGAAUUAUCGCUGAAAGAUCAGCAAAGGUAGCUUAUAAGUAGAAAAUCAAAGAACGCUUAAAUGGAGUCGGAAAAGGCGUAAAAGCCCUCGAAGACGAAAUUUUGAGCAUGGAAACCAGAGUCCAGCGGACAAGAAAUGAGGCGCGCUACUAA